GUGUGGUCUCAUAGUAACCACGGCUGUACAGGCUAUUCAGCAACCUUUGCUAAGCUGAAAGGCAAAGAUUGCUCGACUUUCAUUGGUACUGGUUCCGACGAUAAGUCGGUCACAGUUGAUAUAUGUGGCACUGAAAAUGGAGAGCAGGUCGCCUGGGUGACAGUAAACAAAAAUGGCACCGUGACCUUCCUGAACCGACAAGGAGACGCGUCUCGUUGUAUGCUAGAAAACGGCCUUAAGGUGCCCAGUAAAUGUAGCAUCGGUAAUACAGGUUCCUCUCAGACGCCCACGCUGAUUGCUACAGGCAGUCUGUCCUUGUUCUCAACUGCAAUUGGCAGAUCAGCUUCUGAAACAGCCAGUGCUGAUCAAUCAUCAACCCUGAUCUUCACACCGACACCUACAAAUAGUCAAUCUUUGGCUUCAACUUCAGCCGGUGAAUCGGCUACUGAGACACCCCUUGCAGAUCAAAUUCCAACGCUCAUAUCUACACCGGCAUGUACAUGUUCUUGCGCAUCUUCAAUCGUCUGA